GGACAAGCAGGACCCGGCUGCGCUCGCUGCUCAGCGCUGCGGCCCCGGCUGGGCGACCUCGGGCGGCGGCUGAGCUCGGCGGCGGAGUUCGCAGACGGCGCAUCCCCAGCUGCUACCAGUGGGGAGCUUAGAGCGGUCUGGGAGGGCUGGAUGCACCCAGCUGCUGCGUCGUCAUGACAACAGGAGAUGGAGGUGGUAGCUCUGUGCCCUGAGGCUUGACAAGGUGGAGACCCUCCAGCACCCAGGAGGUGACACUCAGAGCUUGGUUCUGCAUUGGAGCUGGAGGAGAGGCCAGCAUCAAAUUCCUCAGUGAACUAAUCUGUCUUAGGAAGCCUAAGAAGCUGAGAAAGGACAGGAGUGGCCUACAGCCUCUGAGGACCUUAGGACAUCACCCCUCUCCCUUCAAUCACCGUCAUUGAAGUUCUCUGAGAAUGCUCUGGGCUGAAGAACAAAAUGUAGGAAAAUGGGACCACCUCCUGUAGGUCCCCUUUCAUUGCCACUUUUCAUUGCCCCACCUUGACCUUGGGAGUCCAGUGACUUCUGUCUUCUCUCUUGGCCUUAGCCAAGCUGUGGGCUUGCCCUUCCCCUCUGGCCUCAGUAAUCUCUGCAAAGGGAUUCAGACUGCCAUGCCCCAGCAUUCCAUCCCUAAGGAGAUCUGGGAAAUCAAGCCUUCUGUGCCCCUCCUCAGCCUGUUAGCCCAGCCCUGAGAGCCCUUCCGGAAUGAUCCCGCUAUGGCCAAACUCUGGUUCAAGUUCCAGCGGUACUUCCGCAGGAAGCCCGUGCGCUUCUUUACCUUCCUGGCUCUCUACCUGACCGCUGGGAGCCUCGUCUUUCUGCACUCAGGUUUUGUGGGCCAGCCUGCUGUUCCCCAGAACCAGGCUAGCCCUGCCAUGGGGAGCCCAGCUGAAGGUGCUGAACUGCCUUUCCUGGCUGAUUUACACCUGGGCAGAGGCUUCCGGGACACAGGGGAGGCCUCCAGCAUCGCCCGUAGGUAUGGACCCUCAUUCAAGGGCAAGGACACCAGUGAGAGAGCCAAGCUGGGUGACUACGGGGGAGCCUGGAGCAGAGCCCUCAAGGGGAGGGUUGUCCGGGAGAAGGAGGAGGAGCGAGCCAAAUACAUCGGCUGCUACCUGGACGACACCCAGAGUCGGGCCCUGCGAGGCGUGUCCUUUUUUGACUACAAAAAGAUGACGGUUUUCCGUUGCCAGGACAACUGUGCUGAACGGGGUUACCUGUAUGCUGGGCUGGAGUUCGGAGCUGAGUGCUACUGCGGCCACAAGAUCCAGGCAGCCAACGUGAGCGAGGCAGAGUGUGACAUGGACUGCAAGGGAGAGAGGGGCAGUGUGUGUGGGGGCAUCAACCGCCUUUCAGUCUACCGGCUGCAGCUGGCCCAGGAGUCCGCACGCAGGUAUGGAAGUGCAGUAUUCCGAGGCUGUUUCCGCAGGCCUGACAACCUCUCCUUGGCCUUGCCUGUGACGGCUGCUAUGCCGAACAUGUCAGUGGACAAGUGUGUGGAUCUCUGCACAGAGAAGGAGUACCCCCUGGCAGCUCUCGCAGGCACUGCCUGUCACUGUGGGUUUCCUACCACGCGAUUCCCUCUCCAUGAGAGAGAGGAUGAGCAGCUGUGUGCACAGAAGUGCAGCGCUGAGGAGUUUGAGAGCUGCGGGACCCCCAGCUACUUUAUUGUGUACCAGACACAGGUCCAAGACAAUCGCUGCAUGGACAGACGGUUCCUUCCAGCCAAGUCCAAGAAGCUCAUUGCUCUUGCCAGCUUCCCGGGAGCCGGCAACACGUGGGCUCGCCACCUCAUCGAGCUGGCCACCGGCUUCUACACUGGCAGUUACUAUUUCGAUGGCUCCCUGUACAACAAAGGGUUCAAAGGUGAGCGAGACCACUGGCGCAGCGGGCGGACCAUCUGCAUCAAGACCCACGAGAGCGGCCAGAAGGAGAUCGAGGCUUUCGACGCGGCCAUCCUGCUCAUCCGCAAUCCCUACAAAGCCCUCAUGGCUGAGUUCAACCGGAAGUAUGGAGGCCACAUAGGCUUUGCCGCCCAUGCCCACUGGAAGGGCAAAGAGUGGCCUGAGUUCGUAAGAAACUAUGCCCCCUGGUGGGCGACGCACACACUGGACUGGCUCAAGUUCGGCAAGAAGGUGCUGGUGGUUCACUUUGAGGACCUGAAGCAGGACCUGUUCGUGCAGCUGGGUCGUAUGGUCAGCUUGCUGGGUGUGGCUGUCAGGGAGGACCGGCUGCUGUGUGUGGAGAGCCAGAAGGAUGGCAACUUCAAGCGCUCAGGGCUGCGCAAGCUGGAGUAUGACCCAUACACGGCCGACAUGCGCAGAACCAUCGCGGCCUACAUCAGGAUGGUGGACACAGCCCUGCGAGGCCGCAACCUCACUGGGGUGCCAGAUGACUAUGGUCCGAGAUGAUGUGGUAGCCUGGAGAGGGGCAGGACUCAAGAUGCCCCCGUGAUCCCACUGAGCUGGCCUCCCUUUGGCUUGGAGACAGCCCUGAGCUCCUGUCUGCCUUGAGUGAGGCCCCUCAGAGGCACAUGCCCUCCCCUGGAGAUGUGGGCUGCCAGCUCUGAGGAGUUCCCUUCACACAACAGCUUUCCUAUCAUUGCUACUGGUGGGAGGAAGGCUGUGUCAUGGAGACUCACUAACUGCCCCCACAGUGAUUGGGGUGGGAGAUUUCAAUGUGACAGCUGAAGGUUGGCUAUAAGCAAUGACCCUCCAGCUGACUAUGUAGCCCCCUCUCCCUCCCCACUGGCAAGCACUGGCUCUGACCUCUCUCAGUCCACCUCUGUGUAGAAGACAGGACCUGUCUCUGUGGCCUCAACUUUCUAAUGUUCUGGGCAGAGUUGGAAGACUGGUACUUGGCAGCACUGUGGGAACUAUCCCCGGGGAGGCCACACCACAUUUGAGAUCUAAACUGGGUGCCUUUCCAUCCCCCAGGGCUCAAGUCCUACCUUUUGCUCCCCAUAGUGUGCCUGGGGGAGUAACUUUGGGGUCCUUGGUCCCUGAUCCUCUUCCGGUCCCUUAGGCACCAAGGAUUAUCUCGGCAGGCCAGCCACAUGCCAUAUACAGAACCCUGGUGACCCAUCUCUCCAGGGUGGGGGGUCCAACACAUCCAUCCUACACUGCCCUUCCGACCCAUUAACAAGGGGGUUCCUUUACUAUCCAUGGGGAUAGAACAAGAGUACUCCGAGCCAGAGGGAGCCGCACCCACGAGAGUCCCCCUAUCCUCUGAGCCAUCAGCCUCUCUCCCUUUGCUUGUAGCCCAACAGGGCCAGCCACCCCCAUACUGGGGACCCUUGAAAUGGGGUAACAAAUGGCUCUCCAUUUCCAUUACACCGCUGCUCUCUCGAUGCUGAGACACCAAACCAAAGGAUUUCUGACCACCUGAGUUGCUGAUCAUGUUUUUAAAGCAUGUAUCCAGGUCUCGUUACCCCACCUCAGAUUCCCAUGGCUUCCCCUCCAGCCCACAUCUGUACUGUUCCCAUCACAUAGACACAAAAGCCAUAGUCACAACCCCCUUGCUCUUCUGUGUGGAGCAGCCCCCCUGCAGUCUUGGGGUAUAGACAAGCACUUGUUCCCAUCUAGCCAAGGGACUCUGGAGAAGGCGCAUGAAAAGAGAUAUAUUUUUUUAAGAGGACUAUGUCUAACACAUUCCGCCCCUCGGACACUGGCCAUGCAAAAUGAAGGGCCAGGACUGGACCUGCUUCCCUUCUCUGAUGCCCUCAUCUGGAGGGUUUGGGCCACCCCAGGGCUCGGCCGGGGGCUCUGAAUGUAUUUUGUACGUAUCUCUCCCCGCUCCCCCAGGCUAAUUUCUAGUCUUUCACAAGGCAGUAAAGGGCCUGGCCUCUUCUCCUGCUUGGAGGUUGCCUCUUUCUGGGAGACUCUGGGUCCAGGACCUGGCCAUUUCCUUGCUGGUGGUCACCUCUGGCCACGAGCUUUCUGUCUAAAGAUUCCUCAGGUCAACACAAUCAUUAAAGGAGAGUUUUGUUGAUAAUUC